AUGCCUCAAGCAUUGUGUCCCAGCAGGGAUCAGGAGCUGACAUCACGGCACCCUCUCAGUGCCAGCUCCACUCAUGCAGAGAUCUUUAAGUCUCAGUAUAGGGUCAUAGGCGAAGGCUGUUUUGGCUGUGUGAAGCUUGCCUACCACCGCCUCACAGGGACCCCGGUGGCGGUGAAAGUGCAGCAGAAGGGAAGGAGAGACCCUGUCAUUGCAUCUGAAAUAUCGAUAAUGAAGACACUGUACCACCCCAACAUCAUCAGACUGUUUCAGGUGAUGGAAACAGUGGACCAUGUCUACCUGGUCAUGGAACAUGUCAACGGACAGCAGCUCCAACAGCACAUCAUAGAGGCCCAACGCCUGUGUGAGGAGGAGGCCCGUGGCAUUUUCAAGCAGUUAGUGUGUGCAGUCAAAUACUGUCACGAUGGAGGCAUUGUGCACAGAGACCUGAAAGCUGACAACAUCCUGCUAGAUGCCCAAGGCAAAGCGAAGGUCACUGACUUUGGCCUUGGCACCAGGUACUCCUUUGGGCAGAGCCUGACAGAUUGGUGUGGUGCUUUUAGAUACUGGGCACUUGAACUCUUCCUGCGCCUACCCUAUGAUGGCCGAAAGGUGGACGUCUGGAGCCUAGGUAUUGUCCUCUACUAUAUGGUGACGGGAGCCUUGCCCUUUACAGGGGAGACUGUUUUGCAGGUGCGGUGGGCAGUCCUGAAAUUAAGGUAUGACAUACCCAGAUACCUUUCUAUGGGCUUGAGAAAUAUCAUAGUUCAGAUGCUCACGAAAAACCCUAGUGAGAGGCCCUCUCUAGACCACAUUGUGGGGCACCCUUGGCUAAGGCAAGGGGAGGAAGGGUCACCUAGUCCUGCUGUUGAGACUCUGCCCAAACGCCUGGACCCUGCAAUUCUGGCAGCCAUGUGUGACCUGGGUUAUUAUCCAGGUGAUAUAUAUCAGUCUCUACUACAGAGAAAAUUUGAUGAGGCGAUGGCCACCUACCUCCUCUUGAGAGAACAGGUGUGCCAGAGGAUUAGAUUCAAUGCCUGCAUUAAGCCUCCAGUGUGCCCAGAGAUUGUGCCUACCCCAUCCCGCAGACCCUUCCACCUUCGCUCCUCCACUAAGGAGGAGAGCCAGUGCACCUGCCCUUCUUCCAACUUCACCUUGUCCUCUGAAGAUGAGAAGGCAGGACACAGGGGCAGAAGAAGAUCCAGCAUGCCUAACAUUGCCAUCUCCAUCCUGCCAAGGAGGAUCCCCACCACAGGCGUAAUCCCCCAGCCUGGUCCUGAGGCUGUCACACCCCCCAGGAAUGUGGAGAGUGGUAUGUUCUGUGAGGGCAUGUCCUCCAAAGAACAUGCCUUUACUGGUGGGCAACCCCAUGAUGGGGUCGCAACCUCUAUCAGCGACAAUAUCCCAGACUGGAAGAGG